GAGUCUCCCGGUUGUGUCGGCGGCCCGCCUUUCGCCCGCUCUCCAGGCCGCCUCUGAGGACGCUCCGGGAAAGGGGAGGCGGAGACGGGCCCCCGCGGGCCUCCCGGACAGCACCGAGCUCCACGCCGCGUCCUUCCCCCUCCUCCCCCCGUCCCCGUCCCCGCUCCCUCCCCGCUGCUCCCGGCGCCAGGCCGCGGACCGCCCGGCUUCCCCCGGAGGGCAUCUGAAGUUGAUUCUCCACCUGCGUUGAAAACCCCGCGUGGACAAUGGCUACGCAAGCAGACCUGAUGGAGCUGGACAUGGCGAUGGAGCCCGACCGCAAGGCGGCGGUGAGCCACUGGCAGCAGCAGUCGUACCUGGACUCAGGCAUCCACUCGGGCGCCACCACCACCGCGCCGUCCCUGAGCGGGAAGGGCAACCCCGACGACGAGGACGUGGACACGGCGCAGGUGCUGUACGAGUGGGAGCAGGGCUUCUCGCAGCCCUUCACACAGGAGCAGGUGGCCGACAUCGACGGGCAGUACGCCAUGACGCGCGCGCAGCGGGUCCGCGCCGCCAUGUUCCCCGAGACGCUGGACGAGGGCAUGCAGAUCCCGUCCACGCAGUUCGACGCCGCGCACCCCACCAACGUGCAGCGGCUGGCCGAGCCGUCGCAGAUGCUGAAGCACGCGGUGGUGAACCUCAUCAACUACCAGGACGACGCGGAGCUGGCCACGCGCGCCAUCCCCGAGCUCACCAAGCUGCUCAACGACGAGGACCAGGUGGUCGUGAACAAGGCGGCCGUGAUGGUCCACCAGCUGUCCAAGAAGGAAGCUUCCAGACACGCCAUCAUGCGCUCCCCGCAGAUGGUGUCCGCCAUCGUGCGCACCAUGCAGAACACCAACGACGUGGAGACGGCGCGCUGCACGGCGGGGACGCUGCACAACCUGUCGCACCACCGCGAGGGCCUGCUGGCCAUCUUCAAGUCGGGCGGCAUCCCCGCGCUCGUCAAGAUGCUCGGGUCGCCCGUGGACUCCGUGCUGUUCUACGCCAUCACUACGCUGCACAACCUCCUGCUGCACCAGGAGGGCGCCAAGAUGGCCGUGCGCCUGGCCGGCGGCCUGCAGAAGAUGGUCGCCCUGCUCAACAAGACCAACGUCAAGUUCCUGGCCAUCACCACCGACUGCCUGCAGAUCCUCGCCUACGGCAACCAGGAGAGCAAGCUCAUCAUCCUGGCGAGCGGCGGGCCGCAGGCGCUGGUGAACAUCAUGCGCACCUACACCUACGAGAAGCUGCUGUGGACCACCAGCAGGGUGCUCAAGGUGCUGUCCGUGUGCUCCAGCAACAAGCCCGCCAUCGUGGAGGCCGGUGGGAUGCAGGCGCUCGGGCUGCACCUGACCGACCCGAGCCAGCGCCUGGUGCAGAACUGCCUGUGGACGCUGCGCAACCUGUCGGACGCCGCCACCAAGCAGGAGGGCAUGGAGGGGCUGCUGGGGACGCUGGUGCAGCUGCUGGGCUCGGACGACAUCAACGUGGUGACGUGCGCGGCGGGCAUCCUGUCCAACCUGACGUGCAACAACUACAAGAACAAGAUGAUGGUGUGCCAGGUGGGCGGCAUCGAGGCGCUGGUGCGCACGGUGCUGCGCGCGGGCGACCGCGAGGACAUCACGGAGCCCGCCAUCUGCGCGCUGCGCCACCUCACCAGCCGCCACCAGGAGGCCGAGAUGGCGCAGAAUGCCGUGCGCCUGCACUACGGGCUGCCCGUGGUGGUGAAGCUGCUGCACCCGCCCUCGCACUGGCCGCUCAUCAAGGCGACGGUGGGUUUGAUCCGCAACCUCGCCCUGUGCCCCGCCAACCACGCGCCGCUGCGUGAGCAGGGCGCCAUCCCGCGCCUCGUGCAGCUGCUCGUGCGCGCGCACCAGGACACGCAGCGCCGCACGUCCAUGGGCGGCACGCAGCAGCAGUUCGUGGAGGGCGUGCGCAUGGAGGAGAUCGUGGAGGGCUGCACCGGGGCGCUGCACAUCCUGGCGCGGGACGUCCACAACCGCAUCGUCAUCCGCGGCCUCAACACCAUCCCGCUGUUCGUGCAGCUGCUGUACUCGCCCAUCGAGAACAUUCAGCGCGUGGCGGCGGGCGUGCUGUGCGAGCUGGCGCAGGACAAGGAGGCGGCCGACGCCAUCGAGGCCGAGGGCGCCACCGCGCCGCUCACGGAGCUGCUGCACUCGCGGAACGAGGGCGUGGCGACGUACGCGGCGGCCGUGCUGUUCCGCAUGUCGGAGGACAAGCCGCAGGACUACAAGAAGCGGCUGUCGGUGGAGCUCACCAGCUCGCUCUUCCGCACCGAGCCCAUGGCCUGGAGCGAGACCGCGGACCUCGGCCUGGACAUCAGCGCCCAGGGGGAGCCGCUGGGAUACCGGCAGGACGACCCCAGCUACCGGCCGUUCCACGCGGGCGGCUACGCGCAGGACGCGCUGGGCAUGGACCCCAUGAUGGAGCACGAGAUGGGCGGCCACCACCCCGCCGCCGACUACCCGGUGGACGGGCUGCCCGACCUGGGCCACGCGCAGGACCUCAUGGACGGGCUGCCGCCGGGCGACAGCAACCAGCUCGCCUGGUUCGACACCGACCUGUGACGGCGCUGCCGGCCGCAUCCGGGCAACACCGCGGCCGGACGCUCGAGCGGCGCCUGCGCGGUCGGCGGCGGCCGUGGACGUGGACGUGGCCUCGGGAGCCGGAGCGGCAGCGGCCGAGGAGAGCGCGCGCGGGGCUCAUUCAGAAAGUGCCUGACACGAACCUCACGGCGGCGCGGGCGGGGCGG